ACUUACAGAGACGAAAUACUUGCCGAGCACUCAAACCCUGUCAUGUCUGUCAAUAACUCACUCCUCGCUUCCUCAGAUACAAGGACAGCGUCAUACUAUUCUGCACAGAUUCAUGGUGACAAUGUGAAAGAUAUCGCAUGGUACUACGUGGAUCCAAAAACCAAAGCAUCGCAUAUCAAGGAUCAUGUUGCGUUCUACAAGAAUAAAGUAACUAUUGAGUGAAAGGGAAAGAAAUCAUUUUUCACAGCAAGUGCUGCAUAUUUGUAUCCAUGUAAUUAUACAGACUCGAAGAAUCAAAAGUCUACCCUAAGUCAAGAGGCGCUUUGGAGGGCCCUGACAGCCGAAGUAUCAUAGGGAGCUGCUGGAGGCCUAACUGAAGGUACCUGCGUCUGUUUAAAUUCGCGAAUGAAUGAAUAUUUGGC